GUUUCUUCUUUCUUGUCUCUCUCCUCUCAUUUUCCUCGUGGUUUUCUUCUCUAGGACUAGGGUUCUGAUUUCUUCGUGCGAUUCUAGCAGAGAAGCGAUGGUCCAGUGACGAGGAACUACUCUCGGGUUAGUUUUCUUUUGGUUCUUCUCCUUUCGGUUCUUUGGGUUGGAAGAAUCGCUUCCAAGGAAUGCGGUCGAGCUCUGUGAUGCUCCUCCUGCUCGGCUUUCUCGUGCUUGUUUCUACCCAAGAACUUGGGAAGAACGAGCUCGAGGAAGCCAUCGUUCUUUACUCCGGCUCCAGCGAUGAUCCAGUCGAGCGUUUGAGUUUUUCCAGCUUUGCCUCCUUUCCAACACUGCCCCCGUUUCCUCCAUCUCCGCCGCCGCCGCCACCUCCUCCUAUAGCACCUGACGAUCACCACCAUAGCCGUCCAGCUCCAGCGCCAGCUCCGGCUCCCAGCGAUGGCGAUGACGAUGACGAUGACCAAGGCUCAAGUGGAACGCCGCCACCGCCGCCACCACCGCCUCCACCACCAUCUCCUCCGCCUCCUCCACACCAUCUUCCAAAGGCCCUUCUCGCCGGCCUGAACGUCACCAACGGUGGAAAGCUCUCGCCAGACUUUAGCCCCCGGACUUACAACUAUUCCUCCUCCGUGAGCUCGGGCGUACGAAAGAUCAGGAUCGUUGCCACUGUCUCGCAGGAAGAGGAGCGCGACGAGUACACGGUGACUGUCAACUCCAUUCCUCUCAAGAGUGGCGUUCCAAGCCCGCAGCUCCAAGUUGGCAAGGCUGGCGAAGAUACUCUCUUUGAGAUCGCGGUCACGGCUCUGGAACACGAGCCUUCGACGUACUACUUGCUCGUCCAUCGCGGAAAGAGCAAAUGGGAUCGUUUUGGAGCAAAGUUCUUACUGGCCUUGGCGAUCGUGCUGGUGGUCGCGGUGGUCUUGUUCCUGUGCUAUGGCUGCUAUGUCUGCAUCCAGAGUGGAAGAAUGCCGUCAAUAUGGCCUUUCAGGAGCCGAGACGCUGAUGAGUACUCGCUUUUACCGGGGCCGAGUAGCGGUCGCCCAUAGCGAAUUCUCCUUAACUUCUAGACUGAGUGUCCUUUUUUGCUCAAGCAGUAAGUUAGAGACGAUCGAACGUUACUGAAUAUAAAGCUACCUUUUGACUUA